UUGCGCACACUUGGGGUGCACACUUUCACUCUACCUGUCCUCCUCAACGGGGAGGGGUUUCGCUCUCCGGACCGUCAGGAGAUAUUGGCUUGUACCUGCUCCUUCCUGCUGGCUUCAGGACGUAUCAGAGACAUAUAAUGUUAGUCAAGACAUUCUUCCACUUUGGUCGAUAUUUCCUCUCCUAGCACUGGACGGCCGGGCUCGAUAAGGCGUAUGCUGUCAGUGGCCCUGAAACCCCAACAGAAGAAUCUGUGUCAGGGAGGCUGAGGCCGCCACUAUGGGUCAAGGUAACAGUCAGUUUACCGAAGCUGAACUUGAGGAAUAUCAGGAACUGACAUACUUCACCAAGAAGGAGAUACUUUAUGCACACAAACGCUUUAAGAAUCUGGCCUUGGAGAAGGUGGGACACAACCGUAAUGCCAAACUUCCCAUGGACAAGUUAUUGACUCUACCAGAACUGCGAGCCAACCCAUUUGGAGAACGUAUGUGUUUUAUUUUCUCAUCAACAAAGCUUAUGGUGAUAUUAUCUAGGCGGAGAGACCUUGAAGAGACCAUUACAAAGCUUGUAAGCCCACAGCGUUUUUCACCAGGAGAUAUGGAGGCACUGGUUUCAAGAGUUUUAGAGGAAGCUGAUCUAGAUGAUGAUGGUAUGCUGGCCUUUGCUGAGUUUGAGCAUGUCAUCUCCAAAUCUCCAGACUUUGCAGAUUCUUUCAGAAUUCGCCUUUGAAUAAGUAGUGGAAAAGUAAGUACUGUAUACAGCCUCUCCUCACUUAACGACAGGGUUCCAUUCCUAAGAGUAGGUCUGUAAGUGAAUUGGUUGUUAAGCGAAGAGCAUACUAUACUGAU